AUUUCUUUUCUGUGUAUAGAAGUUAUUUUUCCUCUAAACUCUCCAAUAACAAUAUACUGUCUUAACACUUCAAAUUUUAUUGUCAGAGAUAUGAAUCUAAAAUCCAUGCAGGAAAUGGACAGUAAGAAAAAACAAGAAGAUGGAUCAAAAGUGGUGGUGGAAACAACGGAGAUUCGUUCGUCGGCGGGGAAAGGCACAGAGCAAAGAAAUGUAGAGGUGGUUCAUCAAUCUCAUCCUAAAACUAGCGGUGGCGUUCUCGUUGGAGCAGCUGCCGCCGUCGAAUCCACACUUGAAUCUGCCAAAGAAGUCAUCUCUAAAACCUAAAUAUCGAAAUAGGUUUUUAUUUUUUCUAUUUUCUAGUACGUAACAAAUUGUAUAAAUUUCAUCUUUGCAAUCCCAUAAUAAUCAGAGACACACGAACUAUAUGAGUCUAUGACAUACGAUUCACAUGUAUCUUUCUUGGCUCCAAAUAUCAUGACAUAUAGAAAAUUUGUAGAUCAAAAUAAAGUUAGCUAAAGUAGUUGUAAAUCUUUAUUUGAAUCGAAUAAUCAUCAAGAAAGAACCUUGUUUAGUUGUUCUUUUUGUUGUACUGUUG